CAGAAGCUGUAAGGAGAGAGCAGCAAACCCGUCUGCAGCGCUGCUGGGUCCCCAGAACACCGCCCAUGGAAGAGCGCUGAGCUGCAGCCCGCGUCCUUCUGCCGGUUGACCGUGGGCCCGGUACCGGCAGCUCACCUCGGACGAAAACCUUCAGCAUCUCCGCCAUCAGCAGCUGCGCGUCGCCGUUAACUGCAACGACAAAGCGUUUACAGAGGGCGGGGGUCCGUCCACCGCCGCCCCGGUACUGCCCGCCACCGCCCCGGUACCUCGCGUCCUCCCGUCCCGGAAAUGGAGGCGGAGCAGCCGGUCCACGGUCUCCUGCGCGGAGAGAAGAGCGGGUGUAACGCUUCUGUUGCAUGGUCUUUGCUCCAACACCACAGUCAAACUGUUGGAUUUGAAGGGAAAUAACCUGCGAGCCAUGGGAGCUGAGGCUUUGGGAAAACUUCUUAGGCAGAACAAAUCCAUCAGGAGCCUGAUUUUGGAAUGGAACAGCCUUGGCGUGUGGGAGGAGGGCUUCUCGUCUUUCUGCCAGGGACUGGGAGCAAACAGCUUUCUCCAGCGGCUGGAUCUGCGCAAUAACCAGAUCAACCAUCAAGGGGCCGGAGAACUGGCCAUGGCGCUGAAACAAAACACCAGCCUUCAGGAGCUCGAUUUGCGUUGGAAUAAUAUUGGGCUUCUGGGUGGCCGAGCUUUGCUGAACUGCCUGCACAGCAAUAAGACCCUGAAGAGGUUGGAAUUGGCUGGGAACAACGUUCCCAGUGAUAUCCUGAAAGCUGUGGAACAAGCCAUGAAUCACAACCAAGACCGUCAGACUAUCCUGAGUGAGACCCAGAACCGAGCGUACGUUCUCAGCAAGGAGGUCUUGAGCCUGAAGGAUGAGAAGACCAAGCAGUUCUUGGAUUUGAUGGACACUAUAGACAAGCAGAGAGAAGAAAUAGCCAGGAGUGACAGGAUGUCUGCAGCACGAGUCAGCCAGCUGCAGGAAGCAUUGGAUGAGCAGCACUCUAUUAUGAAUUCGCUGAAAGCCAAACUGCAGAUGACUGAAGCUGCCCUGGCUCUGUCUGAGCAGAAGGUGCACAACUUGGGAGAGCUACUGAAUGCCAUGAAGCAGGAACAAACCUGCAUGGCUGAGUGCCACUUUAAGGAACUCCAGCAGCAAAAGCAGGAAGGUGCUGAUCGGGAAGCGAAGCUUUUGUGUGACUUGUCUGCGGCCAGAGAGAAAAAUCUGCUUCUAAGAAACCAGGUGGAUGAGCUGGAAAAGAAGUCCAAAGUUCAGCAGGAUCAGCUAUUCCAGGUGAAACAAGACUUGACCAACACAACAGCAGAGCUGAAGCUGCGGGCUGUACAGGCUGAGGAACGCCUGGAGAUGGAGAAGAGAAGAUUUAAACAAAGCCUUGAAGACAUGGAAUCCCUUCGGGUAAAAGAGGUGGAUCAUUUGACACAGCACAUGGGGGCCAGUGAACGUUCCAUGCAGGACAGGAUCCAGAAGCUGGAGGCCAUCAGGAUAGCUCUGGAGGAGGAGCUGAGCCAAACCAAAGCAGCUGCACUCACUGAGCGAGGCCAGGCAGAGGAGGAGUUAAUAAAAGUCCGGAAUCAGGCACGGUUGGAGGAGCAGCAACGACUAGAACACCUGGAAGAGAAGCUGCGGCUGAUGACUGAGUCACGGGAUGAAGCUCAGAACUGCUGCCUUAAGCAAAAACAGAUGGUUGCUGAGGCUCAAGCUAAAGCCAGUCAGUUGAGCCUGCACGCUGAUGGGCUCAGAAGGCGGCUAGAGGAGCUUCAGCAGGACCUGAACAGUAAGGAAGAAGAGAAAGUGACAGAGGUGAAUAAAGUGAAAGUGGAAUUGCAGGAGCAGAUUGGACACCUGCAGGCUGAACGCACAGCACAGGACGGGCUGAGAGAGAAGAUUGCAGCCCUGGAGAGACAGCUGAAAGCCCUCUCAAGCAGUCACCGUGAGGCAAUGCUGGACAAAGAAAGUGAAAUCUCUGUGCUGCUGGAGAAGCUGAGAAUGAAAGAGGCUGACAUCUCCAGGAUGAGGGAAGAAGAGGCCCAAAGAGCAAGUUUCUUGCAGAAUGCCAUCAUGGCGUAUGUGCAGGGCUCCCCCUUGGGAACCCACAGUUCUAGGAAAUGAGAGCAUUGCUUAAAGAACCCACAUACCUGCUGCCAGGAAGACAGUGAGCAACUCAGGUACAACCGCUUCUUUCUAAGUGGGACAGUUUUGGCAGAGCGGGGUGGCAAAAAGGCCUGCAAACAGAAAAUUUCUCUUGCUCUUUAGAAAUCUUGCUCCUGACCACAUAAAGGAGAGGAGGAAACAACUGUCCAGGGCUGGGAUGGAGGCUCAUGGGUCUGAGUUGUUGAUGUGAAGCCCUUCCCCUGCACUGCUGCAGCAUUUGAAGUAGUUUCUGUGUCCUUUUGUACAGCACCAGUCUAUUGGCACACCCUGUGGUUACCAGGGGCUGUGUUCCCUGGGCAGCAGUGCUUCUGAAGCAUUUGUUUGGAUGCCAGGGCUGUUCACAGUGAAACCUGGUAAAUGACAGGCAGCAAGCAGUGUUUACAGUUCCCUGUAAGUGGGAGCCAUUUACCUUGCUCAUGGGGUCCCAAAGCUGCUGGAAACACCAGAUCUUACCCACAUGUGCAGUGGCUGGCAGGGCUCACUUUGGCCCUUUUACUCUGCCCCUCAUGGCUCUGGCUGUAGUGGGGGGCAGUGGGUAUUCAUUAUACCCACUCUGCACCAGCUGUGCAGAGGGGGGCUGCUGUGCAGUGGCUGUCCGUAUCCUUGUUGGGCAGCCGGGCUUUGGCCAUGGUCUAAGCCUCUACACACUGACUGGCAUGGAAGGGGUUGGGGGUCAGGGCCAGCAUCUGUGCUUCCUUGCUGUGAGCUGCAGUCCUUGGCUGGAGUCCUCACAGCCAAAAUGCAUUAGGGAUUUCAUUCCAUUAUGGCAAAUAGCAAAACUGUCCUGCUGGCUUCUUGGGAUCCUGGAACUGAGAGC